AUGCAGAAGCUCGACUCUUCCCAGCGAUUUACUGAGAUGGUGCGUCAGCUACACGAUGGCAUGCUGAUGCGAGUUGCGGACAACGGAGAUGUCUCGGAGGCAUUUGCAGUGACCAACAGGGUGAAGCAGGGCUGUAUCCUCCUGCCUACCCCCUUCAGUCUCAUGGACGCCUACCGCGAUGUGUGUCGCCUGCCGGACGACGGCGGAUGCACAUCCGUUCACAGACUUCUCUUCGUCGACGACGACUACGCCCCCAACGCCACCUCUGAAGGAGACAUGCAAAGGAGCAUGGACCUCUUCACCGCCGCUUAUGACAACUUCGGUCUGAUUAUCAACACGGAGAAUAUGGUGGUCAUGCAUCAAGCGCCACCCGACGCUGCCUACAAUGCAUUCGAUUUCCACGUGACUGGCGCCCAACUUCAAGCUGUGCACAACUCCUAUCUGGACAGCACCCUCUCUCGCACCACCAAGAUCGAAGAGGAAGUGGCCCUUCGGAUUCCCAAAGGCAGCCAAGACUUCGGCCGUCUGCAAAGUACAAUCUGA